UGUAUAUAUUAUAUCCUGUACAUGAUGUGAGGUUAGACUGAUCACUGGGAUCAUGGGAUCAACAUUCCUGUUGUUAUCUCCCCUUGCCAAAGGUUGUGGGAAUUUCAGUACCAUACAGAGGAUAAGGUCCCACCUAGAAACUGCUGGUCACUCCUGUGUCCUAUGGGAUCCGGACACUAUCACUGAUCCAGAAAUGCUACAGGACAUCGCAAGUCAGCACAAAAUCCAGAUGGUUCUAGCCCUACAUGCAUACAAAGCAGGACGACACCUUCUAGGUACCAAUUUGCCAUUUAUCCUAAUAUUUGGGGGCACUGAUGUCAACAUCUAUGCUGCAGAUGCUGACAAACUGAGUGUAAUGACCAGGGUUGUUUUUCUUGCUAAAGGUAUAAUUUCAUUCAGCCAGUCUCUUCUUAAUGCAGCUAUGUUACUCUGGCCAUCCCUGGAUACUAGCAAAUGUUUUGAAAUAACGCAAGCUGUCGUGACCAGUCCAUCAGAUUUCUCAAUGAUCAAAUACCUUCAAAACCAUUGUGGACUGGAAAUUCCUUCAGAGGUAGAACCUAAGAUAUUUUUGUUUGUCGGAGGUAUAAGACCAGUGAAGGACCCCCUCUACCUCGUCAAGCAGUUUGGAGAUCUACACAAAAGAAGAAAAGAUGUCUUCUAUGUUAUUCUUGGAUCUAUGGCAGAUGCAGCAUACAAAGACGAAUUUAUGGCCGGCAUCAGUGGUGUACCUGGUGUGGUAUAUAUACCUGGCCUAAGUGCAGCCGAUACACACGCAGCUAUUAGAGGAAGCUUCGCUCUCGUCAACUCGUCCCAAAGUGAGGGUAUGGCGGUCGCUAUCUUAGAGGCAAUGGAUUUAGGUGUUCCUGUCCUGGUGCGGGAUAUUCCUGGUAACCGUGCAAUAGUAACCGACGGUACUAAUGGCCUUGUAUUCAAUUCAUGUGACGAAUUCCAACAGAAAUGCGAGGCCCUGCUGGAUGAUUCUACGUUACGAACUGUAUUGACAUCAAAUUCAUCUUCAUAUAUUUCAAAAUAUCACAGUUUAUCAGAUGAAAGACAAAAAUAUAUUGAAGUAAUUUCUUCGUCGUUAGAUCCAUCGUUAGAUAUAGCCUGAAUUUUGGUAAACCAUUGUCAUCUUAAUUUGUAAGGUUUAAUACAUUAAUAUUAUAAUAAGGAUUGUAUGUUCUAUAUUAGGUUUGUGUUUAGUUACUAAUAUGUACAUGCACACCAUAGAAUAAGAUAAGAAACCUAUUGAUACAAUGAUAUAUAUUGAUGACGACACAUAUAAGGUUUGUUUGGCCAUACUGGUGCAAGUAUUUAUCAUUUAAUUACACAUUCAUAUUCAUAUUUCUAUCGAGUUGCAUUUCAUGUUACUUUAAACAUGUUUCAUCGUGAAGGAAUUUGGCACAAGUUUUUGUAUUUAACCAUGUCUUAUGUCAUACAUGUAACGAAUAUCUGUUUUUAACUUGUAUGUCUUUAAUGAUAAAAACUGUCGUUAAUGUUUAAAAAAAGUCUAAAUGUUGUGACAUUCAUAUGUGUCUUCUUUGCAUAUAAGAUAAUCAAUUCCCAGUUGAUUGUAUCAUGGUUAGGGUCGGCUAUUUCUCCUGGAAAUUUUUAAACGAUGUUCCCCACAGUUCUGAUAAUCAUAUAUAUCUUAUAUUUCAUGUUUGUCAUUGAUAUUUCCUGUUCAUGCUGGUUAUGCAAAAUACAGUAAACAUUAAUAUGACCAAGGAUUAUCUGCUUGACCUCACGUUUGUAAAUUACAUAUCUAACCGUGGUUUAAUAACCAGCAAAUGUAUAUAUUUAAUACACAAGCUUACGGAGAAAAAAGCUGCAAAAUGACUUGAUGAUAAUCAGACUGUCUGUGAUAAAUUAUAUUGAUCAGAUUAUUUAUCGCUCCUUGUCUCAAUGAUUAUAUUGAUUAAAUGAUUUAUCUCUUCUUGUCUCAAUGAUAAUAUUGAUCAAGUGAUUGAUAUCUCCUUGUCUCAGUGAUAGUAUUGAUCAAGUGAUUGAUAUCUCCCUGUCUCGGUGAUACUGUGCGUUCAAUACAAUGGGACAAGAAAAUGCUACUUAUCAAAUUAUUUAACAUGUGUAUUUGUAUAUAUAAUGUAAGUACCUUUAAAGAGUGAGACACUAACUGGAUAACAAAGUGUUGGCUCUCUUACUGAUAUUAUACGUUAUGGAAGGAGGACAAAAUACUGCGCCUACUUGACGCCAAUAGCUUAUAAGAUUUUCAGGUACGGAUUCUGGAUCCAUCCAUUAAAGUUUGGUCAGCUUCCUUUUGAACCUUAUAUAUUAUAUAAUCAAUUAAUGAAGUGUAAUUGUAGUACAUUGCUGUUUGAUUUUAGAGUAUGCUUCCAUUAUAUUAUCCGUCUGGUACUUUUUAUGAUUAUAUUCAGAUUGUAUAUCCUGAAAUUGGUUGUUUAUUAUUUCCUUCCACUCUCUCCCCACCUCUCUCCCCUCACAUGAAUGAAAUGUUCAUAUCUUAUCUUAUCGAUUGCUCAAUGUUUUCAUCACAAUCUCUUCGUUUAGUUAAAACACGUUGUUUCAUUUUUGUUUCUUCUUCCUCCUCUCUCAAGGUUACAAAAAUCAAUUGAAUUUUGCGAACGGAAUGCUUUUCUUUUGUUCAAUUUUUGCAGGUUUUACCAAAAGUGUCAAAGGUAUUAUAUGUGUUAUUUUUAUGAAACAGACUUUUUAGUAUUAAAGCAGAAUUAAGAAAAACACAUUUCAUAGUUGCCAUCAGCUUACGGGGGGAUAUUUUCUAUAGUUAUAUUUAUAAGACUACGCUCUGUAUCUUCCUUGUUACUGAAUCCCAUGGUUUCAUUAUUAAUCUAUUGCCACUUCUUGAUAAGGAGACAUGAUAUUAAUUUGACUUUUGUUAACAGUCGCGGUUCUAAUUAGAAUUGUGUUCAUAUUAUGUUGACCAGUAUUCUUUUUUUCAUCCUGACUUACUUGUUUUUAUU